CAAGCCGAGGACGGUUUUUUCUCAUAAGUGGUCGUUUGACUCCCAGUGAUAAUAGUGGGGGGAAAAUACUUAAACGCUGUCAUUGCAUUACAAAUAUUCACUAUUAAGCAAUUUAAUCAACAAAUGGCAAGUUUGAAUGUACUUGCUUUGUAUGGGCGACCGUAAAAGCCGCUAGUAUAAUAAUUAACUUGUCGAACAUGAUGGAGACUCGGUAUUACGAGGGUUGCGGGCGUGAAGGCCCCAUACGAUGUAUCUUUUUGGGCGAGUUUCAUCCCGUAGCUGGCCCAAAAAUUGCUUGUCAGUUUCCAGAAGAUUAUAUAUCAAAAGAAGUAUUUGAUUCUAUAAGUGCCUUCAUCAUCCCCAAGCCUCAGAUACAAAGAUGCACAAUGACAAUAAAUGCUUUGGGCCAUAAAAUAGUGGGCUACCCCAUCCGGAUAGACAGCUCGCGCUAUGAGCGGAACGCGUACCUCUUCAACCUCUGCUUCGUGUGUGACAGCUGGUCUAAAACUGUGCAGUACGAACCGGUCGUCAAGAAACUUGGAGAACAUUUGACUAUAAUGGAGGAAGAGACGCGUUUCGUAUCGAGCGGGGCCACUCGGCUGCCCACGCUGCUGGCGCACCUUCUGCACGAUCUCAACACUCAUCGCAAAUCAACGCUGGUCGAAGGCGACACGGUGAUGCACCUGAAGGUGGUGGAGGUGCGCGCAGACCCGGCGCCAGUGCACGAUCACGACGUGCCCGUGCUGGUGGCGAGCGUGGGCACGCCGCGGCCGGGCGCGCCGGGCCGCCGCCCCGGGGCCGGUCGCGCCGUGCCCGCGCGCGCCUCGCCCGCGCGCCGCGCGCAGGAGCAACACCUCGACAGCGACGUGCCCGUCGACGUCGACAUCAACGACGACUGGGAUCUCACUACCCGACAAAUCUUACCCCACAUUACCGGUUACAACCACGUGUCUAAGAUCGCAGCCGACACUAACGUGGAGAAGACUUUGGUUAAGUCUUGUAUUCAAAACCUUGUCUACUAUGGAGUGGUGACAUUAAUACCAGUGAUUAAAUUUACAAACAUGUACAGAGCUACUCCGAACCUUAGCCGGCUGUUUAGUGAUAAGGAAUUACAGAAGUCAUGUUUGGCUUUCAUCACCAAAGGAUCAGAAAGCAAGGAAAAGCCGACGAUAUCUGACGUGCUGGAGAUGCUGUGCGCGCUGCAGCAGGGCACGACGCUGCGCGCCGUGUGCGAGCGGCACGCUGCCGGCGCGCGCGCCGCGUUCGACGUGCGCCGCCUCGUGCUGUACGCGCAGCUGCACGGCCUCAUCAAGUGCCUGAAAAGGUUCCCGGUGUACAUCCGGACGCCUUGUCGCAGCGCGGGGUUCGGGCGCGGGGAGGCGCUGGGCAUGGGCAUCCGCCGGCUGUUCACCGGCCGGCACUGCGCCGACGAGAUCUGCUGCCUCGCGCGCAUCGACCUGCCCACGCUCGACCAGAUUAUCGAGGACGACCCCAACGUCGCCGUCAUUUGGAGAUAAACUAGUUACUUACUAUGUAAUCAUGUCAAUGCCUUGCUCUCUUGGCCUUCUGUUUCUAUUAAUUAAUACAAUACCUAGUUAAGCAUUAGCGUUAAGUUUUCUAAGGCUUAGACAAUACUUAGUCCACGGGUAAUACGCCAGUUUUUCUGAACGUUUUUGACUAUAGUACAGUCACGCUGUGCGCAGUUAAACGUCAAUAGUCGUCAAACUAUAUUCAUAAUUAUGUUUGUAGUUACCAAAUCCUGAAUUCAUAUUUAGUUUUCUCGUUUUUCACGUUUCUUAAACAGUAUAUCCCAGUAUAUUUAUUAGUUUUCAUUUUCGGUUAAGGUUUCAUGAUUAUUAAUGACUUUUCAGAACCGAUUUUAAGGUUAAGAUUUAACAUCAACCUUUAUUAGAUUGCUACUUGUUUUACUUUUUCUUGGAGGGAACGGAAUGAAACACCGUUGUUAUUUUUCAUUCCAUAUCCAUAGUUGGAUUAUAAACAAGGUUUACAUUGACAUUUCAACUACAAUACGCCAUUAGCGUUAUAGCACAAUCGGAUUAAGUCUAGCCUCGAAAUCCUUCCAAAGUUAUGAAAUUUGGUAUGUAUGUUAAUUAAAGGUCUCUUUUUCAUGUCCACACUAUUUGACAUUUGGGGACCUCGAGGAAUCGCAGCCAUCUUGGAAAAUGUGUACCAUUCUGGAGAAAUUUGCGUUUUACUCUAAAUAUACGUUCUCUAUAAAACUUGGAGGAAUAUGAAUUCCACUUUGUAUAUGGUGUAAGGCAACAUUAAAGCUUACUAAAUUCUACACAAAACAGUCCUAGAUAUCUUUGCGGAAAAAAUACAUCUUGUUAUAGAAAAUAAUAGCUGAAUCCAGAUUUAGCGCUUAUACUCUUUCAGGGGAUAUACUCUUAAUAUGAAACUUGGAGGAAUAUGAAUUCCACUUUUGUCUAUACAUUUGUACACGUUCUACCCCAAUAUCAACAGUUUACUCGACUGCGACUUAAACAGAAAGUAGGGUCAUGGGUUUAAAUACUGAAAAUUAGUACACCCUGUAGGUCAGGAUACUGGACGGAUUUAUUAAAAUUACAUAUCGGUAGAUUCCUCUUGCCCUUCACAACCUGUUUACACUUGUUUUAUUAAAGAAAAAUCAAUACAGCCGCCUUGAGAGGACGUCGAAUAGUAAAUCAUAUUUUUACUUCUAGCGCUUAAACUAUUGAGUGAAUUUCAAUAAAAUAGACAUCAGUAGAUCCUUAAUUGGUACACGAGUGCUAUGCAAUACAAAUUUACUAAAAUAAAUGGAGGAAAAAUGUUUAGGACUUAAAAAUGUGACUGCAAAAACAGAUUUUAGGUCUUGAAUGGGGUUUAAACAAUAGUGACAGUAAUGAAAUUUGACACCUACAAUUUCAGGGAUCCCUGUUUGCGUGUUAUAAAAUUGGAGCUUCGGGGACCACGGGGAUCAAACGCCAUCUUGAAAAGUAUGUCUUUUUUGGUUUUUCUGUUUUUCGGAAUAUCUGGGUUUCAUGUGAAUACUGUGUAUGGCGAAACAAAAGCUUAUUAAGUUCUACACAAAAAAAGGUAUAAGACACCAUGUCCCUAAAACGGAGCUUUCUUCUAGAAAUAUGUCUCAGAAGUCAAAAGGUUAUACUUAAUCAUCUCCUACAAAAAAAUUAUUUUAAGACGGGUCAGAAAAAAUACUUGUAUAAUUUUUUUAGCAAUUUUUGGAACACAAAAACAUUAUCUACCCAACCACGAAUAAAUAAAAAGUGUGUGGAAACUUGUAAACUUCCCUUGUAACUUGUAAGCCCUAUUUCUAGAAAAAGGCUUCGUUUUUGGGACAUGGUGUUGUAUAACUUUUUAGUGUGAAAUUUAAUAAGCUUUCGUUUCGCCAUACACAGUGUUCACAUUAAACCCAGAUAUUCCGAGAAAAACCAAAAAAGACAUACUUUUCAAGAUGGCGUUUGAUCCCCGUUGUCCCCGAAGCUCCAAUUUUAUGACACGUAAACAGGAAUCCCUGAAAUUGUAGGUGUCAAAUGUCAUUACUGCCACUAUUGUUUACACCCCAUUUAAGACCUAAAAUCUUGUUUUGCAAGUUACAUUUUUAAGUCCUAAACAUUUUUCCUCCAUUUAUUUUAGUAAAUUUGUAUUGCGUAGCACUCGUGUACGUGUAUGGAUCUACUGAUGUCUAUUUUAUUGAAAUCCACUCAAUAGUUUAGGCGUUAGGAGUAAAAAUAUGAUUUAAUAUUCGGCGUCCUCUCAAGGCGGCUGUAUUGAUUUUUCUUUUAUAAAACAAGCGUAAACAAGUUGUGAAGGGCAAGAGGAAUCUACCGAUAUGUCAUUAUAAAAAAUCCGUCCAGUAUCCUGAGCUACAGGUUGUACUGAUUUUCAAUCUUUAAACCCAUAACCCUACUUUCUGUUUAAGUCGCAGUCGAGUAAAAUGUUGAUAUUGGGGUAGAACGUGUACAAAAGUGGAAUUCAUAUUCCUCCAAGUUUUAUAGAGAACGUAUAUUUAGAGUAAAACGCAAAUUUCUCCAGGAUGGUACACAUAUUCCAAGAUGGCUGCGAUUCCUCGAGGUCCCCAAAUGUCAAAUAGUGUGGACAUGAAAAAAAGACCUUUAAUUAAUAUACAUACCAAAUUUCAUAACUUGGAAGGAUUUCGAGGUUAGACUUAAUCCGAUUGUGCUAUUAUUCAUAAACGUGUUAUUGGCCUGAAUUAGCUAUGAAUCGUUUGUCUUUAUCUGUCAUUUUGACUUAUGUAUUAGUAAGAAAGGGAUAAAACAUAAUUUAACUAAAUCAUGUCCUUAAAGUUGUAUGAAUAAGGGGGUGAGUAUUUAUAGAUAAAUAAAUACCUAUAGUAACACCCCUAUGUGGCACGAGUAAUGGGAUGGUUUAGAACUUUAGACAAAUCCUUUACUUAAUUAAAAUGUAUUAUCGGUUUUUAAACACUGGCAACAUUUCAUCAUAAACCAAUAAUAGAGCUGCUUUAGUUUGAUAUUUCAUUGAUUUUUCUUUGUUUUAAAAUUAAUGGCUCCAUACUGCCCAUGACUGGAGCAAAAAACAUUGUUUUAGUUUGUUAAUAAUAUUUUAACCAAUUGCAGUCGGUAUCUUUAAUUAAAUACAUUAAAAACAUAAGGGAUGAAUAGGAGAUACAACGGUAGUAGUUUUUACAGGUGUCGGUGAAAUAUCAAAAAUACUCCAAAUUUUCUCUUUAAUGUCCCAUGGCUGGUGCCGUUUGCGUUAACAUAGUAAUAUCAUUACCUAUAUAGGAGGAAGGCCACAUUCAGGCACGCUACUUACUACUCACGAAUGAGAACCGCAUAAUUUCAUCUAUAGGUAACUAAAGGUAAAUAUUUAAAAAACUUGACUGUAGGUACACGCAUCGGGUUACACUAUUUUACGAAAUGUAUCAGCUAAACAGUGCUGGUCAUUAUUAGCAGUUGCAGUACAUUCCCCUAUGGCAUCAACUGCUAAAAUGGGCCUUCUCUCUAAAAAAUCUGCACUUCAUAAAAAAGUUUAAAUGAUACAUAAUAUAGCUUUAUUGGAUAUUGUUGAAUAACAUUUUUGUCACGUCGACAAAAAACUACUUAGGCUACUUAAGAGGGGGCGUAAAGCCAAAAAAUUAGAAGGAAACGAAAGAUUUGGCGCGCCGCGUGAAACUUGUGAUAAAAUAUAUGCUUGUCGCGCUAUUUUUUACGUAUCUUAAUUCCUCUGAAAAUAUAGGUACUUCUGUUUAAAAUUUUGCUCAGAUCCUUCAGCUAUAUCACUAUUUUAUUCUAAAAUUAUACUGGUAUGAUAUGCAGCGUAACGAUGUACCUACUACUGAAAAUAAAUGAAAAUGACACAUGUUUUAGUUUUUUUUUCUAUCAACACAACUUGAACUUUUUAAGGUUUUGGUUGGUGUCUGCCAUGUGUCUACACUUGCAAACAUAAUCUGGUUUCAGUGUGUUUUUUCCAUUUGGCCUUGAUUAAAACGUAAAAAUUCAAUAUCAGAAUAAGAACUAUAAUUUUGUGUU